GCAGAGGCUGCAGAGUGAAGCAGGUGCCGAACAUGGCGAGUCAGCCCGGAGCCGCUCUCCGCCUCUUUCUCCUGAUCAGCGGGCUCCGAGCCGGAUUACUCCAGCAAGGAGAGCGCCUGAACCUUGAGACAGAAAAUGUGACUGUGGUGGAGGGAGAAGUUGCAACCAUUAGUUGCCGGGUCAAGAACAAUGAUGAUUCUGUAAUCCAGUUGCUGAACCCAAAUCGACAAACCAUCUACUUCCGAGAUUUCAGACCCUUGAAGGACUCAAGAUUUCAGCUGGUGAACUUCUCCAGUAGCGAAUUGAGGGUUUCUCUCACAAACGUGUCCAUCCACGAUGAGGGCCGAUACUUCUGCCAGCUCUACACAGACCCCCCACAGGAGGCGUAUACGACGAUUACUGUGCUUAUUCCACCAAACAACUUGGUGAUUGAUGUGCAGAAGGACACAUACAUAGAAGGUGACGAAGUAGAGAUGAACUGCACAGCCAUGGCCAGCAAACCAGCAGCAGUAAUACGCUGGUACAAGGGGAACCAGGAGCUGGAAGGCAGUAAAACAGAGGUGGAGGCCAUGGACAAUAAGAUGUUCAGAGUUCGCAGUCAAAUAUCAGUCACCGUUCUUCGAGAAGAUGAUGAGGUUCCCUUUGUGUGUCUCGUUGACCAUCCAGCUGUGAAAGACCUGGAGACCCGACAGUACAUUGAUGUGCAAUAUAAACCUGUGGUGAUGGUGUCGUUGGUUUAUCCUCAGGGUCUUACCAGGGAAGGGGAACCUCUUGAGCUAUCCUGCAGAGCAGUUGGUAAACCCAGACCAGACAAAGUCACGUGGGUGAGAGUAGAUGAUGAACUUCCCCAGCAUGUCAUCAUCGAUGAUGAAAAGCUCUACAUCAGCAGCCUAAACAAGACAGAUAAUGGCACGUACAGGUGCGAGGCCUCCAACAGCGUGGGCAGCUCAUCAGCCGAAUACACGCUCUAUGUGUAUGAUCCCCCCACCACCCCCCCACCACCCACAACAACCACCACUACCACCACAACUACCACACCCUCCACCGCCCCAGACGCAAGUGCAACGACAGAGCCUGCAGUUCACGAUACCCGGGCAGCAGAAGAAGGUCCUCUAGGUGUAGACCAUGCGGUAAUUGGGGGAGUUGUUGCUGUUGUUGUCUUUGCUAUGCUUUGCCUUCUCAUCAUCCUGGGACGUUACUUUGCUCGGCAUAAAGGAACAUACUUCACCCAUGAAGCCAAAGGCGCUGAUGACGCAGCAGAUGCAGAUACUGCAAUCAUCAAUGCAGAGGGUGGGCAGAACAGCUGUGAAGAGAAGAAGGAAUAUUUUAUCUAGCCUGGCCUUGUUGAAGGGUGCGAGUUCUCUUCAGACUCACUGCCCUUAGGGAGAAGGACCUUCCAACGUCUUGCGUUUUUUUUUUAUCAUUUGGUUUUGGAGCGGAUGGAGGAGCGGGGGACCCAUCUGGUAUAAAGUGAUUGCCCCACAACACUCUCUGCUUUUAUUGUUUGCCACUUUCCUUUCAUGGGAAUAACAGGAGCUUGAAAUGCUUGUUUUUAUUUUGUGGUGGGGUGGGGGGGGUAGGGUUGCAAGUAAAACAUGGAUUCUGGGCUCUUCAGUGCAGGAGGAUGCUGUAUGCAGAUCUUUCUGCACCCAUAUUUCACAGGCUCCUUGUCCACUGAAGAGACCUAUUUAUCAUCUGCAGACAAUUUGGUGCCUUGCUUGUUUUUUUUUUUUUAUUUCACUUUCCCGAGAAGUUCUUGUUGUGUUCCCGGCUGGUUUUCGUGUCACUUCCUGCUGGGGUGCUUUAUAUUCUUGUCUUGUGCCAUUUCCUUCUGAGCGUUCUCUUAUGUUUUGUCUAUCUCAUUACACUUCCCAUUAGGGCUGCUUUUCCAUAUCAUCUGAUUGUGGCCGUGUAACUGUCCUUUUGGUUUGUUGUGCAUCCGCUUCAUCCUCGCUGCUUUUUAUAAGAGCUUUUUCCUGUAAAAAAAAACCAUUCCUGUAGUCCAUUCCUACCCACCUGUUGCCUGCUCUUGUGUGUCCUCAUGUCACCUUCUAUAGGGACUGUCCACGUCGUAUAGUUUUUCCAGUCCAUUACGUUUCAUCCUGUUUGCCUUCUGGCUGAUCCAUUCUCAUUGUGUUCAUUCUGCCUGUAUCUUCACUCUCCAACUCUUCAUCUUGGUCCUUUUUCUGUGUGUCCCUUUCUGGGCAUCGAGCGUGUUAUAUGGAGGAGUCAUUCUGCUCUUCUCUGGGAAGUGAAUUUUGCCUCGCUUAAUUAACAAACAGUAAAAAAAAAAAAAAAAGAGAGAGACUUUACAGAAGCAACUGCACUUCAGGCAUGAGGAAGCUCCUACAACUUCAUCCCCCACCCCACCUCGGACAGUUGGUGGAAAUACAAGCGGAUGUGCCUUUUUAUUCACAAGGGAGCAAGCUGGAGGAAAAAGAGGGGGUGUACAUGGGGAAAAAAAAUUCCUUCUGCUCUGAAAAAUCAAAUUUCCAAUAUUUUCCAAACUCAUAGAAAGCCCUUCUUUUUCCCAUCUCCGUCUGUUCCGUCUUUCUACCUCCUUUACCUUUUUAUCCUUUUCAUUGAUCUCAUGCCUUUGUCACUGCAAGUUAUUUUUUUUCUCAAAUCUGGCAUUCCUCGCUUCAUUCUUUUCUUCCACAAAAAUCUUCCUCUCUCAGUGCUGUCUCUUAGUACAGGGCUGUGAUGUCACUACAGUGUUUCUACACUGCACAGCUGUACCCUCCUGCCACUUUGUUUGAAAUAUAUGGUAGUAAAAGUGCGCAGUACAGCAACCUGCGAAACCGAGGCAUUCAACUCUUCACAUAACUCUACUAAGAGCCGCCUGUAUUAUAUAAUCUGUAAUAUUAUUGUGUUGUCUGAAGGGUUCAGUCUGAAGUUGUCAAACUGUAAAACAAUGAGAUGUCAUUGCUGCUAUAGAAGGUGUUAGCAGGGUAAGUGCGUUGCUUUCUUGUCAAUCCCACUGUAUUUUGCUGAGUAGAUCUGCACCUAUAUCGUCUUACAAAAUUUGAAAUGUAGGGGUUAUUUUAAGAUGGCUGCCGAGCUGACUCGUAUGUUUUCUCUUAUGUAUGUGUUAAGAAAGAAUUAAGAUUUAUUUUUUAUUUAAAAAAAAGGGUAUUUUAAGGUUGAAUUCCCCCAGUCCUAAGUAGCAUUGUCAAGGUAGAGUGUCCUAGCUUGACCCAUCACCUAUGUGUAUGUGUGCACUACCAUAGGAGCCAUUUUCAUUUCAAUACCUUCCUCAUCACUCUUUUGGCCUCAACCCACAUAUCAAACACACAGGGACCCAAACUUAUACAAUAUAUUAUACCGUGCGUAGGCCGAGGCAUAAGUAAAAUGAAGAAACUCACCAUGAAUGAGCAAGUCUAGGGGUAUCUCGACUCAAUAUAGCCUUCCAUACUUAACCAGAACUGGAUCUCCACUCGGAAAAGAUAAAAAUAUUGACCAAAAUAAUUUUUUGUUCUUCGACUGAGAUUCGGUCAUCUUUUCAGUGGGAAGAAAUAUUUAAGACCACGCAAAGCUGAGAUUCGGUCGUUUAAACAAGCCAAGACACUCAUUCUCACAUUCACGUGCGACAGAUUCAUGCUUACAGCCCUUGUCCUAAAAAUUCUAUCAUGGAUCAUGUAUCGUUCAGAAAACUGACCACAUCUUUGUGGCCACUGUUGGAUUGUCCACUUUUGAAGAUGUCUAAUCAAAAACAUAGGCAAACAGUUUGUGAUUUUUGAUAGAUUUUUUUCUGUUUUUGUUUCAUAAGAUCUCGUUUAUCCAGAAAUUGUGAUGAUUUGCAGAUUUAUUUUCUAUUAGGAAGUGUUUAAGGGGAAGCAAAUGGAGGUUACAGACAUGGUCUUUAUCAUUGAUGUGUUUUGAUUGCAUAUCGACUGUUUUCUAGAUAUUUGUAUGUUAUGAAAGAGUGAAAGAUUCUCUUUACGUAACAUUCUUCCAAUGGCUGUGGAUGAGUCAGAGUUUUACCUUGGAUCGGGUUCAUAUUUUAUUUUUGGACUCCUUUCUGUGAAUCUUCAGGUGAUCACACUAUAUGUCGCUUUAGGCAAUGUUUGCUAGCAUGAGCUGAAAUACAAAAAAAAAUAAAUAAAUGCUUUUUUCAAAGUGAAAUUGUGUACAGCGACGCCAUAAUCCUUGCUUAAGGGA